AUGACCUUCUGUUAUUCAUCUUCGACGGCCAGAGCCCUUUCCCUUCUCAUAUUCAUAUCGUCAAAUACUACUCCCUGGACUCUUUGUUACCCGUGUUUGUACGCCAUAGAAUACCCCGGAAGAAAUUUAGAUUCUGGCGAAAUUCUGAUUCAGAUGAUUACUGUGAGGGGGUGUGUGAGGAGCUUACAGAUGUUGUCGAGAACAGACGACGAAAUGGACGUCGAUGAGGACUUCGUUGAGGGCGUAACCGACGAAGACAACGACGGCUCGGCAUCAAAUUCAGAAGAAGACGCCGAAGGCGAGGAUGACGAAGAGAACGAGGACGAUGCACCGAACCCCGAAGAAACGUACGCCGAGAAGGAGAUUGAAGGAGAUUUCGAUCGUCUCGUACAGAACAUACGACUCCGGGACACGUCCUCAAACAACGGAGCGAGCGGCAGCGGAUUGACAAAGGAUUGGGAUUUCAGCAUCGAGGAGAAAGAGGCCGAGUUCCGCGAUGACCUCAGGGAAGCCUCAGGUAUUGGCCGGAAACGCAAACGGAAAGGCCGAACGACGGGGCCAGUCCUCUCUCAACAAGUUCGCUCCCUUAUUGGUGAUGGGAAUCAAGCGUAUGUAGACAGCAACUUACCUGAAGCGAUCCGGAUGAUGCAAGAAGUCAUACGCAUUGAACCGCGCGCGGCGAGUGCUUGGUCUGUCCUUGCACAGUGCUAUGAAGAUAUGGAACAAGGGCAGAAGGCGCUCCAGCUUAGGAUCAUGGCGGCUCACCUUCGACACGAUGCGGAUGAGUGGGAUCGAUUGGCGAGGCAGUCAAGGGAACAUGGGUAUAACCAACAGGCGUUAUACUGCUAUCGAAAAGUAUAUAGUCUUGACCCGACAAAUGUCGACGCGUUGUGGGAUCGAGCAUCGUUGGCAAAGGAGAUUGGGGAUUUUCGAACAGCUCGCAACGCGUUCACAUCAAUCCUUAAACGGUUUCCACACGACCUGACCGUUCUUCGCGAACUCCACACCAUUCUCGUCGAGCUCUCCGAACUCCCAACUUGUGCCGACCUCCUCCAAGCCGCGUUUGACCACUAUCAACGCAUCUACCCCACCCCUUCCCAGACCAUCUUCACCAAACUGGACCUGCUCCUUCUGGCCGACUUGUACAACGCUCUUGGGGAACACGAAAAAGCAGCCCAGACGAUCAGGCGCGGAACUCGUUGGUUGCAAGGGAGAGCCGAGCAGCGGUAUUGGGAUUUGUGCGAGGAUGAUAGGGAGUAUGAUAUGGAUGGGUGGCCGGCGAGAAGUGUGAUUGGGGAGGGAGGUGGGAUACAGGCUGGGAGGUAUGAGUUGGACGCCAAUGCGCGUCAUCGGUUGGCGGUUGCGAGGAUCAAGAUGGGCGAGAUCGAGGAGGGAAAGCUUCAUGCGAAUGCGGUCUUGGCACAAGAUAUUCUUGAUUACGCGGUCCUCUUUGCUGAGAUUGCAGAUGCGUACUUUGAGAGGGAGAUGUACGCCGAGGCGAAGCCUAUCUACGAACUCCUUGGUGCUGACCCUGCGACAAGCAGUAUUUAUAUUCUGUUACAAACAGCCGCAUGCAUGAAGAUGCUCGAAGAGCUUCGUGAAGCUGCAGAAGUCUACGAACAUAUCCGACAGGCUGAUCCUACACACAACGACGCCAAAAUGAAGCUUGCUGAAAUUUAUGAGAUCCUAGGUGAACCUCGACGGGCUCUAGAACUAGUAUAUGAAGUCAUCGACUCCCGCAAAAAGCGCGCAAAAGCACCGGCGACCCAAUCUGAAGACGACCCCACCACAGCCUCUCUCUUCGCCGAAGAACGUAUCGCCAGGACCAAAGCUAACGCUAUCCGUCUCCAGAACCGACUAACGCACCUGCAGCUGAGGGAGCUGGAGACGGCCAAGGAGAAAGAGGUAAUGCAGGGGUAUCGGAAAAUAAGGGAGCUGUGGGCGGGUAUGAUGGGUGGGGAUGAGGAGUGUGAGAGGGAGUGGAUGGUCGAGGCGGAGAAGCUUGUGGAUAUGUUCAGGGAGACGAGGAACUUGUUUUUGACCAGUCGGAAUAAUCCGUUUAGAGGGAUGUUUCCGAGGAGUCAUAGGAAGAAGCAGAAGGUCGAGACGGAAGCUGAUGAAGAUCGGAUGGCGUCGAGGUUGCAGCUUGACUUGGAACGUGAUAGCAUGUCGAGGAAGGCGACCAAGGGAGACGCGCAGAUUGGCAAAGUGGAUGUAUUUAGAGGGAUUUCGUUCGAUGACUGGUUGAAGUUGUUCAUGCAGUAUUGCUUUCUUCUUACUCGACGAGGUCAAUACGAUGUCGCAGAUGAAAUCCUUCGACAUAUCAUGGUCUCAAACGCAUAUCAAGCUCGUGAGCGACAGGACUCUAUUCGAUUAGCAAUCAUCACUUGUGGUCUGGCUGCGGGCCAACACACCGCUGUCGUUGAACAAGCACGCAAACUCAUCACCGUACACCAAUUUAACAACGAGCCACUCCGAAUCCUCAUGGCUUGCCUAUCAAGUGGCCUCCGCCCCACAGAUUCUUUCAUCACUUCCACACUUCAGAAGCAUUUGUUUAGGGAAAUGAAGUUGGCGGAUACGGCUGUGAAGAGCCCAGAAGUGCUUAAGUGGAAUCCAUUGAACAAACGGUAUGCGCCCACUGCACAGAGUGGGAAAGCGGAGGAUGGGGCUGAGGAGGAUGGGGAUGAUGGAGUGCCGGAUCAGGGUGGUGAUCAGGAGAGUGGGGCGACAGCUACGGCAGGGAGCCUCAAUGUCCCCGAGAUACCGACGAAGCAUAAUCCAGUUAUUGUGGCUAUCUAUGGCCAGAUUUGUAUCGCGGCGAAGAGCUAUCAGAGUGCUAUUUUCUAUCUGUUGCAUGCAUACGAUUAUUGCCCUGACGAUCCAAUGAUAUGCUUGUGCUUGGCCAUAGCUUCCAUUGGUAGGGCGAUGCAGCGUCAGUCAGAUAACCGGCAUCAUCUUGUUACACAGGCGAUGGCGUUCUUAACGCAGUAUCGCAGCCUCCGAGGAAGUGGCAUGCAGAGUGUACGGGAAGUGGAAUACAACUUUGCCAGGACUUUCCAUCAGCUUGGACUCUACUCCUACGCGGUCAAGCAUUACGAAAAUGUUCUUGAACUUGCGGAGAAGAACAAUGACGACCUCUUCGCCAAAGAGGCCGCAUACAACCUAUCCCUGAUCUUUGUCUUCACUGGCGCCACUCACCUGGCGAAUGCUUUGUAUCGUCGAUGGCUCUCAAUAUGA